CUUCAACUAAAAAGUAACAUGUCAUACUCAUCUCUUCUUUCUCUUCUUUUUUUUGUGCUCAAAAAUCUAUUUCCUAACUUUGCUUUAGGCGUAGAUUGCGGGGUCUAAAGUGGUACUACUCUCAAUCUUCAAAAUUUCCUAACUUUUUAUUCAUACCAAAUACCAAAUAACAAUAAACCUCACAAAUAAAAAACGAUGAAAUUUUUUCAAGUAAAUAGCAAAACCCCAUCUUGUCAUGGCAUCAAGAAUCUUAUUUUAAUCUCUUGUUUUGCUUGCACAAUUUAUUUUCUAUAUCCAUUCAUACUUGUCCCAAAUUCCAAUUUUCUUGAUCAUUCCUUUGUAUCAAGACAUGAUCAACAAUUUGAUUUAUCAUCAUCAAUUACUCUUCAAAAUGUCGUUUUUGGAAUUGCAUCUAAUUCCAAAUCAUGGUCAAAGAGAAAAGAAUAUGUUAAACUAUGGUGGAAGCCAAAUGAAAUGAGGGGUUGUGUGUUUCUUGAAAAAGAAUUGCCUAGUACUACUACAAAUGAUUCAAUAUUUCUUCCUCCAAUUUGUAUUUCAGAGGACAUUUCAAGAUUCCCAUAUACAAAUAGAGGUGGGAGUCCAUCAGCAAUUAGAGUGGCACGUGUGGUAUCAGAGACAGUCACGCUUAAUCUUAAUCAUUCAGAUAUCAAGUGGUUUGUUUUUGGAGAUGACGACACUAUUUUUUUCCAAGAAAAUUUGGUUAAGACGUUGUCUAAGUAUGACAAUGGGCUUUGGUAUUACAUUGGGUCAAAUUCAGAAAGUUUUAUACAAAACAAGGUUUUCUCAUUUGGUAUGGCAUUUGGUGGUGCUGGUUUUGCUAUAAGUUAUCCAUUGGCUAAGGUUUUGGCUAGAGUUUUUGAUUCAUGUAUAGAGAGAUAUCCACAUCUUUAUGGAAGUGAUGGUAGAAUUCAUGCUUGUUUGACAGAACUUGGUGUUACAUUAACACAUGAGCCAGGCUUCCAUCAGAUGGAUUUUCAAGGAAAUGCAUUUGGAUUUUUGGCUUCACAUCCCAUUAGACCUUUGGUAUCUUUACAUCACAUGGAGAAAAUUGAUCCAAUUUUCCCUAACAUGUCAAGAAUGAAGGCCUUGCAACAUUUGUACCAUGCUGCAAAUUUUGAUCCUCAGAGGAUUUUGCAGCAAACAGUAUGUUACGAUCGACGAUUUUCGUGGACCGUGUCAGUGUCAUGGGGCUAUGUUGUACAAGUUUUUGAGCUCAAUGUACAUUUGCCUGAUGCACAACGCGUGCAGGAGAGCUACUUGCCCUGGAAAAAGAAUGCUUAUGGUACACUUUAUGAGUUUACUACAAGGAAAUUUGAGGUUGAUCCAUGUAGAAGGCAAUUUGUUUAUUUCUUGGAUGAAGUGGCUUUGGGGGUUGAUGUGAUCAAGACUAUUUACAAGAAGAAAACAUAUGAAAAUUGCACAUUUAGCAAGAAUUCACCAACAAAACUACAAGAAAUUAGAGUGUUCUCCACCAAGUUAGAGCUUGACCAGAAACAGUUGCUAGCACCAAGAAGGCAUUGCUGUGAUCUAUUACCUUCUACAUCUGAUAAAGUGAUGGAAAUAGGGAUAAGAGAAUGCAAGGAAGAUGAACUUAUUUACAUGCACAAUUAGAGAUUUUGUGUGAAUUUUAACCAAUGGGUAAACUGGAGAUCAAAGAAAGUUUUGAGCAGAAAAAUUCUUUUUUUCUUUGCUUGUGACAAAAUAAAUUAGGGAAUUCAGAGUCAGAUAAAUAAAUUAGGAAAAUCAUAGUUUUUUAGAAUUGUUAUUGUAUAUGUAUUUAGUCAGUUUAAAUAUAUACUUUACUAAAGCAAUUUAGGGAGCUUUUAGGACUUUUCUUGAUUUACCUGUGAGUUAAUCAAGAAAAAUCUCAAAUUUGACUGGAAGUUAAAGAUUUUUUUAAUUAGCGUAAAUAUUUUUUAUACUAUUUCUUUAU